CGCCUAAUAGUCUAGUUUGUAAAAUUUUGAAAGCACAAAAUACUUGACUUGAGUGGCGGAAGUGGACUUUGCUGGAGAGUCGCCCUAAGGACACUGUAAGCUUGCGAGCAGGAUGUCAGCAGAGCCGUCACCAAAGCGGCUAAAGGUGGACGAUGAAGAGGGUGUAGAUGAGGGGGCGCCCGCCGAGAAUGGAGCUGCGGACUGGGCACCGGAAGCGGCAGAGGACAGUGUCGCUGCCGAGCUGGAGGACUGCCAGCGUGCUCUUGACAAGGUCAACGACGAGGCCAGCGACCGUGUUUUGGCAGUGGAGCAGGAGUACAACAAGAAGCGCAGACCUAUCUACGCGCAACGUGCGGAGAUCAUUCAGAAGGUGCCGCUGUUCUGGCAGCGAACCCUUCUCUCGCACCCCACCCUCGCGGACCAACUGACAGACGACGACUCCCAGGUUCUGGAGUUCUUGGUUGAGCUGGACGUGGUGGACUUCGACGACAUCAAGAGCGGCUUCAAGGUGGUGCUCACCUUCGCGCCCAACAACACGCACUUCUCGGACCGCACGCUGGUCAAGGCCUUCCACUACGGAGACGACGGCAAGGUCACCAUCGAGCCGGCAGUCAUCCACUGGAACGAGGGCUACGCGCCCUUCCCGGAGAGCGGCGGCCCCAGCUACUUCUUCUUCGAGUGGAUGACCAUUGCGGAGGCGGUGGGCGAGGGCACGCCCGACGAGGUGGCUGAGGUGCUCAAGGACGAGAUCUGGCCCAACCCAGUAAAGUACUUCCUCAACGGGGAGGUCGAGCCCGCCGCCUACGAGCAGGCCGACCUGGACGAGGGCCUUCUGGAGGGCGAGGAGUUUGACGAGAUGGCUGUGGGGCUGGAGGAGGCGGGCGAGGGCGAGGAGGCGGGCGGGCUGGAGGCCGGCGAGGGCGAGGAGGGAGACGCGCUGUACGACGAGGCGGCGGGCGAGGGCGAGCUGGCCGGCGAGGGAGAGGAGGGCUUCGCCGACGACGGCGGCGGCGAGGGAGAGGAGGGCGACGCAUGAGGCGGCGCGGCGGGCAGGGCUGUGGCCGGCCCAUACAGCUGAGGUUGCGGACGGGGCUGAGGUUGCGGGCAGCCGGGGGGCUUCUGGUAAUGGGGAAAGGGUGUUGGGGUUGGGGUGAGUUAUACAAACCCAAAAAGAGGGCAGCGGGGAUUGAGGCCGCGGCGGCUCUGUCUGAUGUUGUGGGCGUUUGGUGGAUGUGUGGGCACACGGACUCAGGGCAUGGUGUUGCUGAAGCUGUGACGCGGCCUCCGUUGAAGGGACGGCGGGGGUCUCGGCGCCCUGUGGUGAGCAGGUCGGAGCCAGGGUGGGUCCACACGACAGGCCGGGCUCUUGGCUACAGGCAGAGCAGUGGUUGGAGUGCCGCCGCCACUGCUCUGAGCUGGUCGUGAUGGGCAUCAUCCAUUCAUCCCGUGUUGGUGACGGGACCGGUGAUGGCCGUCACGGUUGGCGGCUGGUGCACAUGUAGGCAUGAGGGGAGUGUGUUGCAGACGGCGGCUGGGCGUGUGUGUGUGGGGAGGCGGUGUGUGUGUUACACGCGCGGCAACACGGAAUACGGCAUGUGAACACGGGACCGGCGCACCGAGCACGGCACGACACGGGGCGCGGAGGAGCCUGGCGGCCUGGGAACAGCCGGUGGUAGGGAGCUCAUGGCACGUGGACGCUUAUGUAAAAAGAAACUACG